GUUGGGCGGGUGCAGAGGGCGCGCGGGGCCCGGGCCGGGUCCGCGGGCCCGGGCCGGGUCCGAGUGUCCGGCGGGGACCAUGGAGGGGCUGCGGCGGGGCCUGUCGCGCUGGAAGCGCUACCACAUCCAGGUGCACCUAGCGGACGAGGCGCUGCUGCUGCCGCUCACGGUGCGGCCGCGGGACACGCUCAGCGACCUGCGCGCCCAGCUCGUGGGCCAGGGCGUGAGCUCCUGGAAGCGCACCUUCUACUACAACGCGCGGCGGCUGGACGACCACCAGACAGUGCGCGACGUGCGCCUGCGGGACGGCUCGGUGCUGCUGCUCGUCAGCGACCCCAGGUAAUCUGUGUUGGAGGAUGCGGAGCCAUGACCGAGGGGACCAGAGGUGCUGGCUGAAGAAGCAAGCUGGGGGUGGUGGGGGACAUCUCCCGGGAGCCUUGACCUCACUCUGGGUUCUGGGCUUCCAGCAUAGAUGGUGAAACACUGGCCUGCCCAGCUGCUGCCCACUGCCUGGGACAUUCCUGAUGGAGCCCCAGUCCCUGACACUGACCUAGGAUGUUGCUACUCCGGGCCAGCCAGCCUUCCAGCUGUGCUGUGUGAUCCUGAGGAGGUGGCUCCCACCUUGGGGCUUCAAGUGCCCAGUCUGCAGUAGGAGCCACGUGCCAUCUUGGGAGGCAGCUGGAGGAGGUCACAUGAAGAAAAGCACAGAGGGGAGAGGAGCUUGGGGGGGCAUCACCCCCACCUGCCUGGUACAUUCUCUCUGCCACGCCUCUACCCAAGCUGUGCCCCCAGCCUGAAGCACCUUUCACACCCCUCUCUGCAGCUCCAGUCCACCCAGCAUUCCAGCCUCCUCUAGGAAGUCUUCUCAGAUUCCCUCCUCCCCAGCCAGUGAGCACCUUGUCCUCUUUUGGGCCCCCUCAAGCCUCCUCUACUGUGAACAGCUUUGGCUGGGGGCAGGGGGUGUGUGGCCAGACACUCAUGACAUCUCAAAUGACUAAAGGUGGAGACUGGGGGGCCCCAGCCCUCUCCCAACGCUCCAGUGUCACACUGCACCCCUCCCCCAAACCCAAACCCCUCCCCACGUUGCACCCGUGUCCACCCCCGUGGCGGUGUCCUUCCUGUUCAAUCCCACUGCUUUGCCCCCUGCACGGGGUCUCCUGGUUGUGUCUGAAGGGCUCUGGUUAAGUGGGCAGGGAUUUGGUGGGGGGCGGUGGCUGUGCCUGGCAGAGCACUGAGACAUUGACGGUAAUCAUGGGGGUACUCCGGGCUAUUCCAGGCAGUGUGUUGUAGGGAUUCUGGGUGUAAGACCCUCUGAGUAGGGAAUUCCAUGGCGGUCCAGAGGUUAGGACCCUGCACUUCCACUGCUGGGGUUCGAUCCCUGGUCGGGGAACUAAGAUUCCGCGUGGCGCAGCCAAAAAAAAAAAAAGUAGAAUGUUGGGACUCAGUUGGAUCUCUGAUCUGUGGCCACGAGGCGUCGGGUCCACCGUGCAGACCCCCUCGGGUUGGGGGGAUGCUGGCAUGCGGGCCCUCGAGGGCCGCGUUCACGCUCUGGGUGCUGGCAUCACAGGGCAGAGGCUCGGGAGCCUGGGAAGACAUAAUGUUUUAGUUAAGAGUCGUGUUGGCCGCAGGGCCCAGAGCAGGGACAGGUGGAUAAUAAAUCGUGGCCGUGGGGAGAGUAGUGCUCAGAUGUGCGUUUGUCCAUCAGGGGAUGGGGACGGCCCCAGGCCUACGGGGCUUUUCUCACGUCCCCCUCCGGGGCUGGCAUCACUCCUCCUGGGGCCAGGCAGCCCACGCCCCUGCUCCUGCCUGGUUUUGGUCUCGGUGGGUCACGCACACACUGGGGGACCUGCCCCCCAGGGCCCAGCAGGAAAGUGGGGCUUUUAAUAGCCACCCCAGCUCCAUUCCUCGGCUCCAACUACAUGCCAGGGUUUGUGCCACAUCCUUGUCUGGCCUCCACUUACUCUAGUCUGUGAAGUGUGAGGCUCGGUGGUGGUGGUGAUGAUUAUGGCCCAUUUUACAGAUGGGGCAUCCAAGGUCACCCUGCCCCCUCUAGUCUGCUGCCCUGGCAACCCUUGAACUGAGGGGUCCCCAGCCCAUGAGCAGGUCCCUGAUAGAGGAAGGGGGAAGGUUUCCCACAUCUUGGCUGAGGUGAGGGUGGGAGAAAGCAUUUUCAGGCCUUUUUGACAUUUAACAAACAGUUUGCAAAUCACAUGCAAAUCGCAUGCAAAUCAUCACCCAUUUCUUAAGCCUCAACAGCUUCGGUGUGUUCUGAAAUAAUAAUGUUGGACUUGUCCCUUGGUAUUGGCUUGGAGGAGGGGUGCAAAGUUUUUCCCUUCCUCCCUUCCUUCCCCUUCCCUUCUGUUUUCUUUCCUUCCUCCCUCCCUUUCUUCCCUCCUCCCUUCCUUUCUUCCUGUUAUCUCUUUGCUCCCUUCACAUUGUUUUUUGGAGGCUUCCCAGUUCUAAGAUGAAUACAAACAGCAAAAGUGGCUUCCAGCAUUCCCAUUUUCCACAUGGGGAAACUGAGGCACUGAGAGGCACAAGCCUGGACUGAGAUACCAGAGACACAUUGUGGAAGGCAUCCGCCACCAAGUGUCAUCAUGGACCAAAGUGGACAGUACCUGUGACCCAAGGAGGAGAGAUGACAGUGGCUGGACCAGGCCUAACAGGGCUUGGAGGAGCCAAGGGGAAGAGUCCUUGGCCUAGAAUGGCAGGCUGCCAUGCUUGGAUCUGGAGAAAUCUGACACUGAGUGAUCUUACUCCUCAAGUCCUUCUUUGUCUUGCUACUCCAUCAUCAUGUUCUUUGAAUUUGGGCCACAGCCUCUGCUCAGUUUGCAUGCCCUACCUUUUCUGUUUGCAAACUCCUAUUCAUCCUUCCAAGCCCCAGCUCCAGUGCCCCUUCUUCAAUGCAGACAUUUCUGAUCCUCCAGAAGAGCUUCCACUUCCCUCUGGGCUUCUGUUACCCCAGAUCUCUCUCUCUCUCUCUCUGGUCCAACCCUGACCCUUUUGGAGACAGCAGCAUUACUGGCCAAUCUGGCUUGUUUCCAGCACUUGUCUGGUUAUCACACACCUCCAGACUUUUGUAUUCUCUGCGCAGAAUGUCCUUUUGGGUCUUUUUCACCUGGAAUAGUCCUACAUUUUCAAGGUCCUGGCACUAAUACCCCACCUCCAUGUGGGCUCGACAGCUCUCUCCCAGUCGGCCUCUGGGUCCUGCAGCCUCCAUCCCUUCAUCCCUGACCCACAGAAUGGGGAGGUCUGUGUGUCCUCCCAGUCUUAGGAGUUGCCUCUGGGGCUCCAGGAUCACCUAGGCUGGGAUUGCAGGGUGAUCCUGUAGUACAGUACAAAUUCAGUACAGAGGGACUGAAUUUGAGUAGGUACGGAAUAAAAGACUAAGUGUUUGGAAACAA